AUGGUCACUCAACAUGUUUGGUGUCACAUCCACACGGUAGAGGUUUUCGUCUGGGUUCGGGGAGAUGAUGGAUCGGCUAUCGAUCUUGACAACAAAGACAAUAUGGCACAUGGAACGUUAUUGCCAGAUAUCAACAUGGAUGCCGUCAAAUUGAUGUUGAAGCAGGGAUUAGGGAAGAUCAGAGAUAGUCUCAUCGCAUUCUCUAAACAGCUCAACCCCGAAAUUGACUGUACGGAACUCGAAGAAUCCAUCAUUGCACUUGUCAUCAGGUGGAAGGAUUUUGUUAUAGCAUUGAACAAUGGUGCGGAUGUGACUGCCUGGAGGAGGUACAGGGCUUGGCACAAAAAGAUCAUCAAAGAUCGACUGGCGGGUGGUUUGGAACUCUCUUGUGGACGCCCCAAGCGCAAGCGCACAAGCACAUCUCUUCCCCCUUCUCGCAAGUCGAAACAUGCCUUGUAG